CUCAUCAUUAUCUUUUCUUUUCCUUGUUUCUUUUUACCCGCCGCCACUAACCCUCCUUCCCCAAAACUCAAUAACUAAUAGCUUCAGAAAAACUAAAGAAAGAAAGGAAAAAAGGAAGGAAAGAAAUGGAACAAGAGAGUGAGGGUUGCGAUAGAAGAGGGAGACCCGUAGGAGAGGGAGAGCGCCAGGGGAGGAGGAGCUACGCUCACCGCCACCGUCGUGUCACCUCCUCCGUUGCCAUCGUCCGUCACGCCGCCACCACACUACGUCGCCAUCGAGAACAGAAAUGCGAAGGAGAGAAGGCGGCGGGUCACUGUCAUCGAAGCUUCUGUCGUCACUGUGCAAAUCCGCUGCCAUCGUCAUCAUCACGGGUUGCAGCUACGCGUGUGAUUUCCGCCCCUUUUGGGUCCGUCACCAUCGAGCAAAGCCACCGUGGAAAACUGUCGCUGUCGUAGAAGCUCUUGUCGCCGUGAAAAGCUGCUCCACCGCCAUUUGGGUCACUGGGAACAUGGCCGUGAUCACCGAAACCACCAUCGGAGUUAUCGCUAUUCAGUACAGUCGUUCUUCCUUGUCAGGGAUCGAGUUCCGGGUCUUGCAUGUUGAGUUCUAUGUCUGUGGCAUACGACAUCAAGCUGCUGCAUUGUCACCGGAGCUGCCACUACUCUGUUCUCUUACUUAUUUGAAAGUACAAGUUGCUGUGGUUGCAGCUGUCGCGGAUUGCACGCCAAGAGAAAAGGGUUUCAUUGACAAUGUUUGGGUUUUGGGUUUGACUUGUCGAGGGAAGUUAUAUAUUCAAAUUAGAAACCUUUUCAGAUCUUCAUGUUUGCCGGGAACUAAUGGGUAUUGCCCUUAGCAAGCAUGGAUAAGCUGCAUAAGUCGUUUCGGAGGAACAAUUGAGUGCUGCUGAAAUGGGACAAAGAAUUAAGCUAUUACAAGAAGAUAGGUUAAAUUUCAAUUGACACCAGAGAUAAAAUAUCAGGCAUGCUUAAUAUAGCUCUUCCCUUUAUCAAUCAACUGGCUUUUCCAGUCAAACUUAAAUCAACUGGCUUUUCAAUUGACUCUUUACUUUCUUUGUAUUAUUGUCUUUCCAGAUUUUUGCCCUGAAACCAGCUGUUCACCAGGCAUUCCUUAAUUAUGGAGUUUUCUUGUAAUUCGAUUUAGCCUUCUAUUCCUGUUAUCCUAUAUCAGCUUUAUAGAGUUUCCUUUUAUAUAUCUUUUGUUGCAGAGUGAUACUAGUUUGAUAUUGUAAAAGCAGUCACAAUAUAGUUUUGAGAAUUUCUUGAUCCAUCCCUUUGCAACUAACACUAUUAUAAAUCUAUAGUUGAAUGAAUUGGAUAGGAUUGACAUGCUGAUUGUAGCUGGUCAUGUCUAACCCACUCUUUCUUUACUUACUACCACAUAAUAUCUAUGGCUUAUCUUUCUUUAUGUAUUGUUAUUGUAUCCAUAAGCUUUUGAUGUCUUCCAUUUUCAUAUGUAUUAAGUAUUAACGGAAGACCUUUUAUUCUAAAUGAUCUUAUGUUUAUUGUCAAGCUAUUCGAAAGGAUAAUAAACAUCACUUUAGCCUUAUAGAAAAAAAUGGGGGUGCUACUUAUUCGAGCUAACCAAGGCCAUACAAUAACGUUAAACUAUUCGGUUUUAGUUGAAUGUUGAAAUGCGUAAAUUGGUUUUGAAGUUUUUAAGAAAACCUUCAAACCUGAAGUAAUUGGAUCUGUAAACAAUUGUUAUUUUUGUUAAAAAAAUUUUAUCAUUUAUGAAUAUAAAAUUGGAUUCGGUAUGUUUAACAUAUUCAAAAUUACUAAGACCUUGGAUUUAUUUGUUUGUUUCUCUAUUUUCUGUACCUUGCAAUCAUCAGGUUUUAAGACAAAAAACAUGGAGAGCCUUAAUUGUUAUAGAAUAGCAUGUCUGAGUGAUAAAAGUGAAAGAUGUUGUUUUUUUCUGAUGAGUGUUGCCUUCUCUUAUUCUGAUACUCUAGGUUUGCACUUCUUUCAUGGUUUUGAGCAGAGAAGUAUAUAGGUAAGGCAAAAGACAGUACUAAGAUUAGUUUUCAAAAGUUGUCAACAAAUACAGCUUAAGACCAGCCUUAAGAGUAAGACUUCACAUAAUAGUCUCUGGGGCUUGGACUUAAAGUCAAAAAUCGUAAGUAUUAGCAUUCAAAUAUCUGAUUUGAGGAAUGAUGUGAAUAUAGUACUGUUUCUCAUCUGAUAAAUUGAUCAAAAUGGUACAAAAUGCAGUUCCUUCGAUUUGGGGUGUCCUCCAGGAACUUUGAUUUCCUAAUUGGGUUUUUAAUUAUUUGUGCUAUCUCUAAAUUGAUUUCCUGAUUUGAUUUUUUAUUAUUUGUGCUAUCUCUAAAGUUUUUUGGUAGAUAAUAUAAUGGAAGAGUGUAAAAACAAUUACACUGUAGUAGUUUUUGAGAUUAAGUUCUGAGCACCAUAGUUUCAAUCAGAUUGAUUGUUUAACUGUAAUUCUAUAAAUCAUUAUUAUAUAUGCAUACCAAACAGGUUCUAACUCUCAAACUGGUCAUCUAAUAAACUAUGAUUAUGUAUGAAUUGGUCUCGAAAUUUAUGCUAGGUUGGUUGUGUUCUUAAUUAUCCUUCAUAGCUAACCAAAUUUAAUUUUAGAUGGACCCAGGAGUCAGGCAGAUUUAGAUGACAAAUUGACCAAGCAUGAAAUACCCAACUAUAUUGACCGAGUCUUGUUCUGCCAUCAGAAGAUGCAUGCACAUAAUGAUUGACCAUGGCUCAGGUAGAGGAAUACAAUUAUUUUGAUUUCGUUACUUGCUGCGUGUAUUAAUGCUAAGACAUUCAUUCUUCAUAUCAGAAGGCAUUUUACUUUAGCUCCUAAGAGAUGAGGAAGGAAAAAAGCUUGGUCUGAAAGGCAGUGAGAAAAAGCUCAGUUCAAAAAGAUAACGAUGAAAAAAUGGCAGAUGCAGAGGGAUCUUCAAAUGGUGUGGAAAUUCUGUUCUUUAUCUCAAAAUUAUGUUGGUUGUCCCCACCACAACUUUCAACCUCUCUCAGUGUCAUCAUGGGCUGGCUACAAAAUAUAUCUGAAGAAGGAUAAGUGGAGGAACAAGAAGGCAAAGUUUUCUUUUAAGGAAAGCAGUGAUGAUGAAGAAGAAGAAGCAGCAGAAAGAGCAAGUAAAGUGAAUUUUGCACAUGAGAUAAGUGGAAUUAACACAGGACCUCCUUCACCAACUUCAUCUAUUAAUUAUUAGAGCAGCAAAAAUUGUUCAAAUGAGUUAGGAAAUUGAAUAGGAGUUGCUUGCAACAUAGGUCUUUUAAUUUACUAGUAUGAAGAAAAUCAUUUAGAGCCCUUUAGAUACCCAUUAACAACUUUUAAUUUACUCAAUACACUUUGUUGAUGUAUGUUUGUUACUUAUUAUUAUAGUUGAUGUAUCAAAACACUUUGUUUAUGUUUUGAAUUAUAUUGACUUGCUU